AAAGAGCCUAACAGACCAUGCAUUCUCCAACUAGUUCUCCACUCCUUCAUCUUCCAAUUUAGGAGUAAUCAUAUCUAUGGAGGGAUUAACAGGGCUUACUCAUCUCUUUGUCACAAUGUUUCUCGCUGGAUUCGGCGGAGUUAUUGUUAUUCCGGCCAUCACCGACGUCACCAUGGCCGCACUUUGCCCCGGUCAAGAUCAAUGCUCUCUUGCUAUUUACCUCACCGGUUUCCAACAUGCUAUGAUUGGAGUAGGGUCAGUGUUGACAACACCAUUAAUUGGGAAUUUGUCUGACCGAUAUGGCAGGAAAGCUUUGAUCACACUUCCUCUCACAGUGUCUCUCAUUCCUCAAGCCAUAUUGGCAUAUAGCAGGGAUACAAAAUUCUACUAUGCAUACUAUGUAGUCAAAACUCUUGCUGCUAUUGCUGGUGAAGGCAGCUUCCAUUGCCUAGCUCUUGCUUAUGUGGCAGACAAAGUUCCAGUCGGGAAAAGAGCAUCGGCAUUUGGAAUACUUGCUGGUGUUGGAUCAGCAUCUUUUGUUGGUGGAACAUUAGCUGCUAGAUUUCUAUCCACACCUUUGACAUUUCAGGUUGCUUCAGUGUUUUCUAUGAUAGCAUUAGUGUACAUGAGAAUUUUCCUCAAGGAAAGUGCACCUAUGAGUCAACCAUUAUUGAAAGAGACAGAGGAACCAUGCAUUCAACAGUGUGAUGAUAUGCCACAAAAAACAUUUAAGAAACUACCUUCAAUGGGGGAUGUAGUUUGUUUGCUCAAGUGUAGCCCUACAUUCUCACAAGCAGCAAUUGUUUUGCUCUUCAAUAGUCUUGCAGACGGCGGCUUGAUGGCAGUAUUGCUGUAUUAUUUGAAGGCGCGUUUUCAAUUCAACAAGAAUCAGUUUGCCGACUUGAUGAUGAUCUCUGGGAUCGGAGCUACUCUGACACAACUAUUUCUCAUGCCCAUAUUAGUACCUGCUGUAGGAGAGGAAAAGUUGCUCACAACAGGACUCUUUGUUUCCUGCAUAAAUAUACUGGUAUACAGUAUAGCUUGGUCAUCAUGGGUUCCUUAUGCUCUAGCCGGUUUCUCUGUUCUAGGAGUUCUCGUGCGACCAACUAUAACGAGCAUUGCAUCCAAACAAGUUGGACCUAACGAACAGGGAAUGGUUCAAGGAUGUCUCUCAGGAAUCACUUCCGUCGCCAACAUCAUUUCUCCAUUAAUUUUCAGUCCACUGACAGCCAUAUUCCUGUCAGAAGACGCACCGUUUAAUUUUCCUGGAUUCAGCCUAAUGUGCCUCGGGCUAAUACUGAUGACAGCGUUUUUCCUUAGUCUUAUGAUUCGCCCUGCUCCUCCUAUUGUUGGUGACAAAGUUAGUAGUAACCGUUGCACGGACACCUUGGUCUGAGGUGGGAGAUAAAGUCUGCCUACUAUUUGCGCGCAGAUGCAACAAACAUUAUGUUUCAUUCAUCAUUUUGCCUCUCCAAAAAUGUUGUACAUAAUCUUUGAGAGAUAAGUUGCAAAAUAAUAGAAUGAAAUAUACUUUAGGUGUAGAUUCUACUUCUACUGAAGACAUCAAUAUGGUUUUACACAUGGAGACACCAAGAACACACAAAUGCGAAUUAUAGAAAAAAGGAACAUGACCUAGUUAAGUUGACUUUGAAAAUAGUAAUCAGAUGAACCAACUGAUAAGUCACAAAAUUUUCUGCAGUUAUGAAGAAGGAAUGUGGUAAUGUAUUUAUGAGCCAUAUUCUCAUUAGUUGUGUCCGAAAUCUGGUAAACUUGAAAUCUGGUAAACUUGUAAUAUUAUUUCUUGUAUUCAUAGUCUUAGAUUUAUGUUGUUUAA